CCGGAAGUGAGGGAGGCAGUGUCGGAUUCCACGUGGUUUUGCUGGAGUUUCCCCCACGCGGAGGCAGAGAGCGGCUGGCAGAAGAUGUCUGAAGAUGCAGGAAGAGAUGAAGGCUUGGAAGGAGAGGAGGGUGAUGCCAGCCUCUCCAAGGAAGAGAGGAAACCACGAGGGAAGAAAAGGCCCUCCGUCUCAGAAGGCAUCUUGCAACCAGUGAAGCUGUGCAAGGCUGAGUUGUACAAACCGCCCACAAAUGAAGAGCUGAGCCGCCUUAAGGAGACAGAGAACCUGUUCCAUUCCAAUCUUCUCCGCUUGCAGGUAGAGGAGCUUUUAAAAGAGGUGACGCUCAAGGAGAAGAGGAAACAGAAAAUUGAUUCCUUCCUCCAUGAAAUCAAUGCUUUGCUGAGCACAAUCCCAGAGGCACACGAAAGAGAUAUCACUGACCAGUCCUGGCUCCCAAAGGGGGUGAAAAUCCCUCUCUUGCAGCUUCCUUUCAAUGUGAAGGGCAAGUUCCGCUUCCUGCCCCCUGCAGAGGUGAAGGUGGUGGGGAGUUACCUCUUGGGCACCUGCAUCAAGCCUGCAGUCAACGUGGAUGUGGCUCUGACCAUGCCCCGGGAGGUCUUCCAAGACAAAGACAACCUUAACCAGCGGUACCACCGCAAGAGGGCUUUCUACUUGACUCACAUUGCCCACCAUCUGGCCAAGAAAAAGCUCUUUGGGAGUGUGAAGUUUGCCUACAUGAACGACAAUCAUCUUAAGCCGAUUGUGCUCUUACAGCCACAAGGGAAAGAUGCAAAGAUGGUGACUGUCCGCCUCUUCGCCUGCCCUGCCCAAGAUGUCUUCAAGCCCACCCGCUUGCAUCCCACAAAGAAUAAUGUCCGCACUGCCUGGUUCACGGAGAAGGACUUACCUGUGGCAGGAGCCACCGAGCCGCCAACGCCUCACUACAACAACUCUAUUUUGUGGGACCAGGUGAUGGAGUCCAACUUGGUGUUCCUCUCAGAGGCAGCCAGUGGCUUUCAAGGCAUGCGGGAUGGUGUGUGUCUCCUCAAGGUUUGGCUGCGCCAGCGGGAGCUUGAUAAGGGUCUGGGAUGCUUCAGCGGCUUCUUGGCCUCCAUGCUGGUGGGAUACCUCUUAGCUGUCAACAAGAUCAACAAAGUGAUGAGUGGUUACCAGGUGUUGAGAAAUGCCCUUCAGUUCUUGGCUACCACAGACCUUAGUACCUCUGGAGUCAGCCUUUCCAAGGAUGCAGAUGUCACACUGCCUACACUGACUGACUUCCACGAAGCAUUCCAAGUGGUCUUUGUGGACCCUUCUGGACAGGUGAACCUCUGCGCAGAUAUGACAGCCAACACAUAUAAGCAGAUUCGGUUUGAAGCUAAGCGUUCCAUGGAGAUUCUGGAUGACAAAACUGUGGAAGGGUUCCAGUUGGUGUUCAUGACCCCCAAGCCUCUAAUACGAACUUUUGACCAUGUGUUCCAUCUCAGACAUGUCUCGAAGCUACAGGCUGCCUGCAAGAAGAUGAAUCUCCUCAAUGAACUAAUGGACCGUGGUGGAAACUAUGUGGCAGCAACUCUACCUUUCCUCCUCAGCUUGCUGGAACGUGGGCUGGCCAAGCGAAUUGUGCUGCUAACCCACACUUUGCCCCAGACUCAGUCGUGGUCAAUCAACAUGGAUCCCCCGCAGCACAAAGAUGUUGGAUCCCUGGCGUUUGGGCUUUUGCUGAGCCUUGAUUUUGCUACUGGCAUCUUGGAGAGGGGGCCUGAAGCAGAUAGAUCUGAGGCAGUGGAGUUCCGACAAUUUUGGGGGCAGCGCUCAGAACUGAGGCGUUUCCAAGAUGGUGCCAUCUGUGAGGCUGUUUUGUGGAAUGCAGCAAACAUGAGUCAGAAACGUCUCAUUCCAGAGCAGAUAAUUCGUCACCUCUUGCAGUUACAUAUGGACAUCCCAGAAUCUUCUAUCUGUUACACAGGUGCCUUGCUGGAGUCUGUGAUCAAAACUGGACGUGAGCCAGCAGGGACGGGUGAGGAGGCCAUGGUGAAUCUUGUCCGCUCCUACGAUGACCUGAGCCGCAAGCUGUGGAAUUUGGAGGGGCUACCGCUGACCGUGACCUCAGUCCAGGGAGCCCAUCCAGCUCUACGAUACACAGACGUUUUCCCUCCAGUUCCCAGGAAACCGGAUUAUGCCUAUCAUGCCAGAAUCAAGGAUCGUGAAUCCCUUUUGCCCUUGGCUGAGAAACCCUGCCCAGCUUAUAUAGCCCCAAUGAAAGUGCUGUGUCACAUGGAGGGCAGUGGCCAGUGGCCUCAAGACAAAGAAGCCAUUAAGCGCAUCAAAGCUGCUUUCCACGUGCAGCUGGCAGAACUCCUUAACCAGCAACAUCAUCUAUUGUGUCGGACAGCUCCCACUCACACAGAUGUCUAUAAGGAUGGCUAUGUGUUCCGCCUCCAAGUGGCCUACCAUCGAGAGCCCCAGAUCCUGAAGGAGGUGGUCACCCAAGAAGGCAUGUUGAAAUACCAGGACAACCCUGAGUCUCAGCAGCUGGAACUGGAGACACAGCAUUUGCCGUUCUUAACCAGCUCCCUUCAUGGCCUUCAGCAGCAACACCCAGCAUUCAGUGGCACCUCCCGCCUUGCCAAACGUUGGAUCAGCGCUCAGCUUUUGAGUGACUGCCUCUCGGAGGAAUGCAUUGAUUUAGUGGCAGCUUCCCUCUUCUUGUGCCCUGCUCCAUUCACAGCACCAAGUCCUCCCCAGGUGGGAUUCCUUCGCUUCCUUCACGCAACCACCUUUGACUGGAAGAACAGCCCCUUCAUUGUGAACCUGAAUGGGGAACUCAAAGACACUGAUUAUGUGGACAUCCAGAAUCAUUUUGUAGCUGCCCGACUUCAUCUGCCUGUCAUGUUCAUUGCUACUCCCAAAGAUCAGCAUAACUCAAUGUGGACCAAAGAGAAACCUUCACCUCAGAUCCUACAGCGCCUUCUUGUGUUGGCUCUGGAGUCUCUUCGGUCUUUAGAGGAGCAGCUCAUGGACCCUCUGGGAAGCCAGGACAUUAAGAUGGUCUUCCGUCCUCCUCUGGAUUUCUAUGAUGUGCUGAUUCACCUGAACCCCAAGCAGAUUCCAAGACAUUUGGAGGCUGUAGACAGACCAGUCAAAUCCUUCAGCCGAGGAAUGCUAAGAGAUGAUGCUCCGGUAAAAACGUUUUCUUUUCCUGUCGUGGAUUAUGACCCUGUGCAGUGCUACCUCCAUGAACUGCGGGAAGGAUUCAGUGAGUUUGCUCUGUUUUUCUAUGACAAGUAUGGAGGAGAAGUUAUUGGUGUCCUCUGGAAACCUUCGGCCUUUGAGCCACAGCCUUUCAAGGCAUCAAACAUGAGAGGAAGGAUGAUGUUGUCACUCAGUGAGGAUCCUCUGACUGUUCCCAAUGUGGAAGCCGUUUUGGAAGACUUUGGAAUCUUGGGAGAAGGACUGGUCAAAUCAGUUGAGGCUCGCACAGAGAAAUGGUCAAUUUAGAGCCUCCUGGGACUCUGCUGCUGCUUGUCAAUGCUCUGCUCUGCUCUCUCAGACUGUGUUCUCAUCCGUAACUUUUCCAUUUAGAAUUCUCUUAUGAGAAAUAUAUUUUUAUUACACAGAAAUCUCUCUCCAACCUGUUUCCUCUUGUAAACCCAUUCCAUUUAGAUACAACCUUGACAAACCCAAUAAAGGACUCAUUGUGUA